AUGUAUGCCAGAAAGGAGUAUCCCCAGAUGGUGGGGUCCGGCUUCCGAAAGAAGAAAGAAGUCUCCCAGCUGAGAUGCACUUGGGCAGAAAGACCUUCAAACUCAUCGUCCUCAGCCCUUGUUUUUCCCAAACCAGGAUUUCCCAUUGCCAGUUCUUGUGAGGCUGUGAGGAAGAGGAAGAUGUCCCUGAACACUGAGUCAGAGCAGGAGCUGAGCAUGGAGAGCAGGGAGGACAAAUCCCCGCGGCAGAACCUCGUGGCAGAGGCCGUUUUGAGCGGCUCCACGGCGCAGGAACCCAACGGGGAGGAAAAGCCCCGGAGAUGCCCCACGAGGAGGGGCUGCAAACGCAGAUGGCGGGGAUCUGAGGGGGAAAGAGCCAGCCUGGGCCGGGAAGGCGGCCGGAGAUGGAGCCAGAGCUUGGAGCCGGUGGUCCAUGAGGAGGUUCCUGAUGGGGAGAAGCCCCACAAGUGCUUGGAGUGUGGGAAGAGCUUCAGGUGGAACUCUGAACUGAUAAUCCACCAGAGGAGCCACACUGGGGAACGGCCCUACGAGCCCUUCCGCUGCCCCGACUGCGGGCAGGGCUUCAGGCAGAACUCCCAUCUUGUCACCCACCGGCUCAUCCACACUGGGGAGAGGCCCCACGAGUGUGAGGAAUGUGGGAAGAGCUUCAGGCAGAGCUCCCACCUGAUCCAGCACCAGAGGACCCACACUGGGGAACGGCCCUACGAGUGUGGGGAGUGUGGGAAGAGAUUCAGACAGCGCGCCAAUCUGAUUUUGCACCAAAAGAUCCACACUGGGGAGAGGCCCUACGAGUGUUCCAAGUGUGGGAAGGGGUUUCGGAUCCGCUCCCAUCUUUUCCGGCACUAUCAGAGUCACACAGAGGAGAGGCCCUUCUGCUGCCCAGACUGUGGGAAGGGAUUCAGGCACAACUCCCACCUCGUCACCCACCGGCGCAUCCACACUGGGGAGAGGCCCUACGAGUGUCCCCAGUGUGGGAAGAGCUUCUCUCAGUCCUCUACCUUGACCAAACAUCAACGGAGGCACCGGUGAGGGAAGCCCUGCGAGUGCCCCGAGUGCGGGAAGAGCUUCGUGCGCUGCUCCAGCUCCAUCCCCCACUGCAGGAGCCACGCUGGGCACAGCCCUGGUGACCCACAUUCCCUGUGAUCCCUGUUGGGAACACACCUGCCUGAUUCUCCUUUUGGUUUGGCUUUAAUUUUUUUCUGUUCUUCCUCUCUUUGCCCUCCAAAAGCCAAGAGGGAUGGAUCUGUCAUCUCAAAACCACUCAAAUCCCACUGAAAACAACUUAAUUUUAACCCAUAAAGGCUCAGUCCCACUUCAAAUUGCUUGUUCCCACCUCAGAAAAACUCAAUCCCAGGCCAAACUCACUCCAUUCCACAGCCACCAGGGUGAGAUGGGGUUGGAAGGGGAUUGGGAGCAGUGGGAUCCCAAUUGGGAGCGGUGGGAUGGGGAUUGUGUGGGGCUGGCUGGGUGGCAUGUAUGUAAUAUAAAAAUCCCAUUUUUUAAAUCAUCUGACCCAAACAAUCAGAAAUCAAUAUCCAGAUAAAACCACUCACCCACAAUUAAAAAAAAAAAAAAAAUAAUUUGAAUUGUUUUAGAGUAGUUAAGGGUGUUAUUAAAGUUUAAUUGUUUGGUUAAAAUGUAGGAGAAAUUCUAGUGGUGCUUGGUUUUGUGUUUAGUAUGUUUGUAAUAUGAAUUGUUCUACUAAGGUUUGUUAGAUUGUGUGUUAGUUUUCUUAGAUAUUUUUUAUCUAAAGUAUAUUAACUGCUGAGUUAAAACUUUCAACAGGUAUUUCCUGGCAUAUAAUUUGCUUAUUUAUAUUUAUGGAUAAUGGUAUACUAAUAGUUGUUGUUUUAGGUUGACCCAUUAUUGGAGUAUUGUAAGUAAGAGUCAAAAAUAUUAUAUUUCAUUUUUAUUAUAAUUCAUUUCAUUUUAAUUAUAAUUUAUUGAUUUCUUA